AUGAUUAUCUACAAGGACAUCCUCACCGGAGACGAGAUCAUCUCGGACUCCUACGACCUUAAGGACAUCGAUGGCAUCGUGUUCGAGGCCGACUGCGCCAUGAUCACUGAGGGCGCCGUCAGCGUCGACACCGGCGCCAACGCCUCUGCUGAGGAGGCCGACGAGGGUGUUGAGGACACCGAGGUCAAGGUCAACAACAUCGUCCACUCUUUCCGUUACCAGUCGACCCAGUUCGACAAGAAGAGCUUCUUGAGCUACCUCAAGGGUUACAUGAAGGCUGUCAAGACCGCCCUCCAGGAGAAGGGUGCUCCCGCCGAGAAGAUCACCGCCUUCGAGAAGGGCGCCCAGGCCUACGUCAAGGAGAAGCUCCUCCCUAACUUCAAGGACCUGGAGUUCUACACCGGCGAGUCGAUGAACCCCGACGGAAUGGUCGUCCUCCUCAACUACCGUGAGGAUGGUGUCACCCCCUACAUCAUCGUCUGGCAGCACGGUCUCGAGGGCAUGAAGGUUUAA